AUGACGAUGAACAAGAUGAAGAACUUUAAGCGCCGUUUCUCCCUGUCAGUUCCCCGCACGGAGACCAUCGAGGAAUCUUUGGCUGAAUUCACGGAACACUUCAAUCAGCUCCACAACAGGCGGAAUGAGGACCUGCAGCUCAGUCCUCUUGGCAGAGAUCCGCAGCCGGAGUCCAGUAGCUUCUCCCCCACAGACAGUGGGGAGGGCCCCGGGCCACUGUCCCCUGGCGUGCAGUACCGGCGGCAGAACCAGCGCCGCUUCUCCAUGGAGGUGAGUGUGAGUGUGACAGUGCAUAUCCACAGAUGUGUGCACAGGAGGGUGUUUGCCUUGGAGCCAGACGACAUCAGCAAGAGGCUCUCUCUACCCAUGGACAUCCGCCUGCCCCAGGAGUUCCUGCAGAAGCUACAGCUGGAAAACCCAGACCUGCCCAAGCCGCUCAGCCGCAUGUCCCGCCGCGCUUCCCUGUCAGACAUCGGCUUUGGGAAACUGGAAACAUACGUGAAACUGGACAAACUGGGGGAGGGCACUUACGCCACCGUCUUCAAAGGGCGCAGCAAACUGACAGAGAACCUGGUGGCCCUGAAGGAGAUCCGGUUGGAGCAUGAGGAGGGGGCGCCCUGCACUGCCAUCCGAGAGGUGUCUCUGCUGAAGAACCUGAAGCACGCCAACAUCGUGACCCUGCACGACCUCAUCCACACGGAACGGUCGCUCACCCUGGUGUUUGAGUACCUGGACAGUGACCUGAAGCAGUAUCUGGACCACUGCGGGAACCUCAUGAGCAUGCACAAUGUCAAGAUUUUCAUGUUCCAGCUGCUUCGGGGCCUUGCCUACUGCCACCGCCGUAAGAUCCUACACCGGGACCUGAAACCCCAGAACUUGCUCAUCAACGAGAGGGGGGAACUGAAGCUGGCCGACUUCGGACUGGCCCGGGCCAAGUCAGUGCCCACAAAGACCUACUCCAAUGAGGUGGUGACCCUGUGGUACAGGCCUCCUGAUGUGCUGCUGGGCUCCACAGAGUACUCCACCCCCAUCGAUAUGUGGGGCGUGGGCUGCAUCCACUACGAGAUGGCCACAGGAAGGCCCCUUUUCCCAGGCUCCACGGUCAAGGAGGAGCUGCACCUCAUCUUCCGCCUCCUCGGGACUCCUACAGAAGAGACCUGGCCAGGUGUGACGGCCCUCUCAGAGUUCCGAACCUACAACUUUCCCCAGUACCUCCCCCAGCCGCUCAUCAGCCACGCACCCAGGUUGGACACUGAUGGCAUCAACCUCCUCACCAGCCUCCUCCUGUAUGAAUCCAAGAAGCGUGUGUCAGCAGAGGGGGCCCUGAGCCACGCCUACUUCCGGUCUCUGGGCGAGCGUGUGCACCAGCUGGAAGACACUGCUCCCAUCUUCUCCCUGAAGGAGAUCCAGCUCCAGAAGGACCCAGGCUACCGGGGCCUUGCCUUCCAUCAGCCAGGACGAGGGAAGAGCCGGCGGCAGAGCAUCUUCUGAGCCGAGCGCCCUGCUGCGGCCGAGGGGUGAGGGGUCACACCGAGCACAGCGGGAGGAUGGGGCCUGUGCUGCCUCAGAAGACUGAGCCACGA